CCAUUCCUGAGCCCGGCUUGGGGUGCUGUGGGAUUGUGAGGGCUGGAAAUUACUCUGCUCUGAAGGGAGCAUCAGGAAAAAAAAUUUGCAUCGUGUGACCAAUGGAAAGUUGCCGGCUAUAAAGCCGGGACUCGCCGCAUGGGCAGGUCACAGGUGCCAGAGCAGAGCAGGGAUGGCGGAGCCGCUGCUGGUGGUGCUGUUGUUGGGGCUCUGGGUGGGGUCCCUGGGGGGGGCCCCCCGAUGUCUGGCCGACACCGAGUGCUGUGAGCCGAGGGAGCUGCAGAGGACGGGGGCAUGGCUGAGUGAGGGGCACCCCCCUGGGCACCGGAGCUGCCACGUCAGCUCCCAGCCGGCCGCCAAGGAGGAGCCCCAGUGCCAGGGGCAGUCCCAUGGGCCCCCCAACACCCGCUCCAUCGCGCCCUGGAGAUACCGGGAGGACUGCGACCGGGCCCGCUUCCCGGCUCGCCUGCUGCAGGCCGAGUGCCUCUGCCCGCACUGCGUCUCGCUGGCGCCCCCGCACCACCGGGACCUCCGCGGCAACUCGGUGCAGGUCACCGCCAACACCACGGUCUAUUACCGGCGCCCCUGUCCCGGCCGGCCCGGCGCCUACUUCCUGCAGCCCCGGCUCUACCCCGUGGCCGUGGCCUGCGUCUGCGUCGUGCCCCAGCUGUGACCCCCAGCGGGACCCCACUGGGGCACGGGGCUGGGGACAUCCUAGGGGCUAGGGGGGCGCAGUGGACCCCACUGAUGUGCGGGGAGCCCGGAGGGCCUGGGGGGCAGGUGGUGGAGAAGGCCCAGGGGGGCCCGUCGAGGAGGGGGCGACCCAUGGGGAUGAGCAUCCUGCGGGCUGCGUUUGGGGGAGCCCGGGGCCCCGGCUCUCGGUUGAGGGGACCCAGAAGACGACUGCGUUUCGGGAGGAACCUAGGUCUGGUUUGGGAGGCCGCCUGGGUCUAAUUUGGCGGCGCCCAUGGGGCUGUUUGGGGGGGCAAAUCGAACUCCCAUUUUUGCUGUGUCUAUGGGGUGACCCCAGAGCUCGGUUGGGGGGGUGAACAGCCCCCAGUUUAGAGGUGAACUUGGCGGGGCCGU